CCUCCUUUUUGGUGCUGGUUUGCAGCGCUUGGCUCCAGCGCCUUCGCUUCGCGCUUGAAUCUGGCUCGCCCCUCCGUAUUAUGUCUGCACUCCGAAGGAAAUUUGGGGACGAUUACCAGGUAGUGACCACCUCGUCCAGCGGCUCUGGCUUGCAACCCCAGGGACCGGGGCAGGGCCCGCAGCAGCAGCAGCUGGUACCCAAGAAGAAGCGGCAGCGGUUCGUGGACAAGAACGGUCGGUGCAAUGUCCAGCACGGAAACCUGGGCAGCGAGACCAGCCGUUAUCUCUCGGACCUCUUCACCACGCUGGUGGACCUCAAGUGGCGCUGGAACCUCUUCAUCUUCAUCCUCACCUACACGGUGGCCUGGCUCUUCAUGGCGUCCAUGUGGUGGGUGAUCGCUUAUACCCGAGGCGACCUGAACAAAGCCCACGUCGGCAACUACACGCCCUGCGUGGCUAACGUCUACAACUUCCCCUCUGCCUUCCUCUUCUUCAUCGAGACCGAGGCUACCAUCGGCUAUGGCUACCGGUAUAUCACCGACAAGUGCCCCGAGGGCAUCAUCCUCUUCCUCUUCCAGUCCAUCCUGGGCUCCAUCGUGGACGCCUUCCUCAUCGGCUGCAUGUUCAUCAAGAUGUCCCAGCCCAAGAAGCGCGCCGAGACCCUCAUGUUCAGCGAGCACGCGGUGAUCUCCAUGAGGGACGGGAAACUCACGCUCAUGUUCCGAGUGGGCAACCUGCGCAACAGCCACAUGGUCUCAGCGCAGAUCCGCUGUAAGCUGCUCAAAUCUCGGCAGACACCUGAGGGUGAAUUCCUUCCCCUUGACCAACUUGAACUGGAUGUAGGUUUUAGUACAGGGGCAGAUCAACUUUUUCUUGUGUCCCCCCUCACAAUUUGCCACGUGAUCGAUGCCAAAAGCCCCUUUUAUGACCUAUCCCAGCGAAGCAUGCAAACUGAACAGUUCGAGAUUGUCGUCAUCCUAGAAGGCAUUGUGGAAACUACUGGGAUGACUUGUCAAGCUCGAACGUCAUAUACAGAAGAUGAAGUUUUGUGGGGUCACCGAUUUUUCCCUGUUAUUUCUUUAGAAGAAGGAUUCUUUAAAGUCGAUUACUCCCAGUUUCAUGCAACAUUUGAAGUCCCUACACCACCUUAUAGUGUGAAAGAGCAGGAGGAAAUGCUCCUCAUGUCAUCCCCUUUAAUUGCACCAGCCAUAACUAACAGCAAAGAGAGACAUAAUUCUGUGGACUGCUUAGAUGGACUUGAAGACAUUAGCACAAAGCUACCCUCAAAGCUGCAGAAAAUUACUGGAAGAGAAGACUUUCCCAAAAAACUUUUGAGGAUGAGUUCAACAACUUCAGAAAAAGCCUAUAGUUUGGGAGAUUUGCCCAUGAAACUUCAACGAAUAAGUUCAGUUCCUGGCAACUCAGAAGAAAAACUGGUAUCUAAAACCACCAAGAUGUUAUCUGAUCCCAUGAGUCAAUCUGUGGCUGAUUUGCCACCAAAGCUCCAAAAGAUGGCUGGAGGAGUAGCCAGGAUGGAAGGAAAUCUUCCAGCCAAAUUGCGAAAAAUGAACUCUGAUCGAUUUACAUAACAAAACAUCUCCUUAGGCAUUAUUUAAGUUUGAUUUAGAGAUACUCAGAUAUUUGGCUGAUAAGGCUAUUCUCCCUAUGGAGUCUGAAAGGUACAUUUCCCCCAAAAUCCAAUAAGCAUAUUUGACAGCUCUUUAUUCCCAAGGAUUGUUAUUCUGCAGAAAGCAAAAGUUACAGAGGGAGGACAUCCUAAGAAAGUUAUUAAUGGGCAUGUAUUAUCACAUCAAGCAUGCAAUAAUGUGCAAAUUUUGCAUUUAGUUUUAUGGCAUGAUUUAUAUAUGGUAUAUUUAUAUUGUAUAUUCUGGAAAUUAUAUAAAUAUAUAUUUAAACGGGUGGUACUAUCCCCAUCAUUUCUAAUAUAUGUAUUAAGCCAAACUUGAGUGAAUAGUUUUCAGGGCAGUAAACUUACACACACACACACACACA